AAUACAAUUUUUUUUUUGUUUUUAGUCCAAUUUACAGUAAAUAAAUAAGUGUAUUUUGAGCAGGCGAAAAAGCGAAAUAAAAAAAGGGGAAAAAAGUUCCACAAAACAAACACACACACGCACACAAUAGCAAAAGUUGCAAUGGCUGAGUUUAUUGUGGAACGCGUUGAGGACAAACGACUUGUGAAUGGUCGAAUUCAAUAUUACUUAAAGUGGAAGGGAUAUCCACGCAGCGAAAACACUUGGGAGCCGGUGGAAAAUCUCGAUUGUCCUGAUCUGAUUGCCACCUUUGAGGAAUCACUGAAGAAUAACAAAAAGGAUCAAACCGGAAUGAUCGGCAACAAUAAGAAACGUUUGUCCACAUCAUCGACACCAGAAUCCAUUCGUAGCAAACGCAAAUUUUUUAUGGAGGACGAAACCGAUGAACAAAAGAAAUUGAUUGGUUUCGAUCGCGGCCUCGAACCAUCGAAAAUUCUGGGUGCCACCAACUAUUCCGGAUAUUUGAUGUUCCUUAUGAAAUGGAAGGGUAGCGAUCAUGCGGAUCUAGUGCCCGCCAAGCUGGCUAAUCUAAAGUGUCCCCAGAUUGUUAUACAGUUCUACGAAGAGCGUCUCACAUGGCACACUGACAAUGGGAAUGGCAACGGCAAUGGAGGUGGAAGCGGCAGUGGAAGUGCAUGCGACGAUAGUGCGCAUAUUGGCAGCGAUGGAAAUCCGGACAGCGCAGCUGGUGCAAGUCCCACUGCCAGCUUGAACGAUGAGAAUAUAAAGCCGGAUGCAGCCAGCGUUGAAUCAGCAGGUGGCGGUGGAGGAGGAGGGAAUGACAACACCAUUUAAGAAUCAUUUUCACACCAUGCACAAAACUUGCAGAACGAGCCUAACAACACAAAAACUUGCAUCUGCUACACACACAUUCGCAUACAUAAACGCAGGCAUGCAAGCACAAUCAAACACAACCACACGGACAUAAGCUCGCCACAAGAAAUCAGAAAAGAAAACAAAACAUCUGCAGAGACAUCAUACAUACACAAUAAUCAUAGACAUGCAAUUUAUGGUAAUUACGCUAUGCACAACAAAAUGAAUGUUGUGGUCAUAUUUCUUUAAUUAUAAUAGCAUACAUAUAAAUAUGUAAUCCGCAAUAAAUAUCCUGAAUUAAUAUUAGUAAAACCAAAAAAAAAAUGUAA